UAAGUCUUACUUGUGACAGCAAGAAGUCUUCUCGGUUCAUUGUGUGUUAACUGUAAACAUUAGCUCACAGUUUACACACCUGCACCACCAGAUCACACUUCCUUUGAAGGAAUCUUUCAGAUGUCCAUGGGACAGAGCAUUUCAGUGUACCUCAAGUGAAUGUGAGAUAAAACUGAAUGAACUUCAUUCUCUGAGACUUUUGAAGAAUACAGGAAGAAGCUGUCAUCACAACACUAAUAAUAACGGUUAUCAAGUUUUCAAGACAGUUUAACAUGGGUGUAGUCUGGAUGAAGAGUGGGCGAACAGCAACUGCCUGCCUAGCUGGCAAAAGACCGUGCCAGCCAGUUGAGCGUAGACUCUUCCUGCCACGAGCUGUCCGCCUACUUCAGAUCCUGUUCUUCUGUGAUUAGCCUGCAGCCUCAGCCACUGUUAAGAAGCUCUCUCACUCUCAGGCUGAGGCGUCCAUGGACCCUCUGGCUCUGCUGCUUUCGUCAGGGACUUGGAGCGCUCUGAGAACUUUUUGAACUCUCCGUGUUGCAGUGAGGAGGCAGAGGGGAAGCAUUUGAUGGGACGCAGCCUGGCAGAAGCAGCAGCAGUCUCCUCUGGAGACUCCAUCGGGACUCUCAGCUGGAGAUAAUCCCCCCCGGGGUCAUGACAAGACAGCGCCUCAGAGUCCUAAUGCCCCUGGCUCUGCUGGGACUCCUCGUGUGGCUUGCAGACCUCAGCCAUGGCUCUGCUGUGGAGGAUGAGGAUUAUUACAUGCAGGAGCUGCUGACAAGAGAUCAGGACAACCAGGUGCAGACGCCGGAGAAGCCUGUGGCCUCGAUACCUAACAGGCAUGAGCACCCCAGCCAGAACUCCGGCAAGAAAGUGCCCAAGGGGAAGGCAGAGAGCAGCAGGCAGACGGAUAAAACCCCAGCUGAUGAGAAAACAGUUAAGACCGCCAACAAAAAGACUGAAAAGACCAAGAAGAGCACCCUGAAAACUCCAAACAGCAUCCCAGAGGCAGAAGGACAAUUCAACUCAGUUAAAGAGGAAUGCCCUCCUAUGGGACUGGAGACUUUGAAGAUUGAUGACUUCCAGCUUCACGCUUCAACCAUCAAACGCUAUGGCCUUGGUGCACACAGGGGUCGUCUUAACAUUCAGGCUGGCCUUUAUGAAGACGACCUCUAUGAUGGGGCCUGGUGCGCUGGGAGAGAUGACCUGCUGCAGUGGUUUGAAGUAGAUGCCAGGAGGCUGACAAAGUUCACAGGGGUCAUCACACAAGGCAGGAGCUCCCUCUGGUCGAGCGACUGGGUGACCUCUUACAAAGUCAUGGUGAGCAACGACAGUCACACCUGGAUAACACUGAAGAACGGCUCGGAAGACAUGAUCUUCACUGGAAACAGGGAAAAGGAGAUCCCAGUCCGGAACAUCUUUCCAGUGCCCAUGGUUGCCCGAUACAUUCGAGUCAACCCUCAGUCUUGGUUCCCCAUCGGCAACAUCUGUAUGAGGGUGGAGAUCCUUGGCUGUCCCAUGCCAGAUCCAAAUAAUUACUACCACAGGCGUAAUGAAGUAAUAACCACAGACGACCUGGACUUCCGACAUCACAGCUACAAGGAAAUGAGACAGCUCAUGAAGGUGGUUAAUGAAAUGUGUCCCAACAUCACUCGGAUCUAUAACAUUGGAAAGAGCCACAGUGGCCUCAAGCUGUAUGCCAUCGAGAUCUCUGACAACCCAGGAGAGCAUGAAGCUGGUGAACCUGAGUUUCGCUACACAGCUGGUUCCCAUGGUAACGAGGUGCUGGGGCGAGAGCUGCUCCUCCUGCUGAUGCAGUUCAUGUGUCUGGAGUAUCUGUCUGGCAACCAGCGGGUCCGUCACCUGGUGGAGGAGACCAGGAUCCAUCUUCUGCCAUCUGUCAACCCCGAUGGGUACGAGAAAGCCUUUGAAGCGGGUUCAGAGCUCAGCGGCUGGUCUCUGGGUCGAUGGAGCAACGAUGGAAUAGACAUUCACCAUAACUUCCCUGAUCUUAACUCUAUACUGUGGGAAGCUGAGGCCAAGAAGUGGAUCCCCCGCAAAAUGUUCAACCAUCAUGUUCCCAUCCCGGAAUGGUACCUGUCCAAAAACGCAUCGGUUGCCUUGGAGACUCGGGCUCUGAUAGCGUGGAUGGAGAAGAUACCCUUCGUGCUGGGCAGUAACCUCCAGGGCGGCGAGCUGGUGGUGACCUUCCCGUAUGAUAAAACUCGCUCCCAGGGGGUCACUAGGGAACCGACCCCAACUCCAGACGACCACGUCUUCCGCUGGCUGGCCUUCUCUUACGCCUCCACCCACCGUCUGAUGACUGACGCUAACAGAAGGGUCUGCCACACCGAAGAUUUCGCCAAAGAAGACGGCACUAUAAACGGGGCGGCCUGGCACACAGCGGCUGGCAGUUUGAAUGAUUUCAGCUAUUUGCACACCAACUGCUUUGAGUUGUCGAUGUAUGUGGGCUGUGACAAAUUCCCUCAUGAGAGCGAGCUGCCAGAGGAGUGGGAGAACAAUCGCGAGUCUCUUCUUGUCUUCAUGGAGCAGGUGCAUCGUGGGAUCAAAGGUGUGGUGAGGGACUUGCAAGGUCGCCCAAUCGCGAAUGCAUCCAUCUCUGUGGAGGGAAUAAGUCAUGAUAUUCGCACAGCUGCUGAUGGUGAUUACUGGCGCUUGUUGAACCCUGGAGAAUACAGAGUCUCAGCCCGAGCUGAGGGCUACAGCCUCAGCACCAAGAAGUGCGAGGUGGGCUACGAGAUGGGCGCCACCAGAUGUGACUUCAUCAUCGGUCGCACCAACCUGUCCCGAAUCAAAGAAAUAAUGGAGAAGUUCAACAAGCAGCCAAUCAGAUAUCCUGUCAGGCGGCCCCAAGCCCAGAGGUCCAGAGAGAGACGUCUGGGAACAUCAUGACUGUACGAGGAGCAGCAGCAGGAGGAGGAGAAGGGAGGAAGAGUUUAAAACAAACAUCUGCUCUGAUCAGACCGGGUGAAGUCACAGUGUGGGUUUGGACCUCUGUCAGGUUCCUCCAGAGAUGGGAUGUGUGUUUAAAGAUUGAAAAUGUGGAUUAAUUUAAACAGGAUGCGCUGUUUGUUGUUUUGUGUGGUUUGGUUUUGUCCCCGUUCCCAGAUAUAAGCUCUCUGCGUCUGCUAUCAGACAUCAUCUUGUUUUUUACAUCAACUGUUAAAGGUUUUAUCCUGUCAGAGGCUUACCUGAUAUUUUACCCUUUUUCAACUUAUGAGAAAUAAUAAGACAUCACCCAUGAUCUCCCUCACAUCAACAGUAAACACCCAUUUUAAAGAGAGCAAUCAAAUCAUAUAAGGAGGAAAUGUUAAAAUGAGAGAAGCUUGUAGCACCAGCUACAGCAGAGGGAUCUGUUUAGUAUCUAACUCUAACCACUGUGAGGAACGGCUAUGUGAAUCAUUAUGUACAUACUUAUUAACUUAUGUAACACAGUUAUGUAAACCAUUACAAAAGCUUCAUUACCUGCACUUGUACAUUUUUGUGGUGCUUUUUCAAAACCUGGACUCGGUGACCUCUAGUGUGUCACUGAUUGUUUUUAUACACUUUGCUUUUGACAGUUUAUUAAAUAAAGACUGUUUGCACAUGU